AUGUGGAAGAUGGGUGAGCAGGGAGAGCUAUUCGCGAAGAAGCGAGAAGACGGAGAUAGCGGGUGUUUUCGGUCGGAGGGGGACGAAAGGAACCAGGGAGGCGCAAGUCCUGAUACACUGCCACAGCGAAGCGAGGCUGCGAGUGUGGAGAAAGAGAGAAGAUCACUGAACUCUCGACACAAUGAUGGCGGGAAUCCUUGGAGCUCGAUAUCACACAUCGAGUGCAUACUCGAUAUCAAGACAGCCACAGACGGCGUGCUUGUGCGAGCGCUGGUGGAAUUGAGGGAAGAGUGUGGUAUAAUUCGACUUGUGGGCAUGGAUUGGAAUCUACCCGAACAGUGGCGGGAGAGGGUGAAGGAGCUUAUUAGCGAGUUGGCUUACAAGGCGGCCGAAAGUUUGUCGAGAGUUAGAGGUUGUGCUAGGCUUGAUAUCUAUACCAAGUUCCAGCUUGAGGAUGUCGUAAACUGUGACGACGAUCGCAGGAUCUUGUUGAAUGGAGCGGCUCUUCCUCGUGACCGCGUUGGCGAGUUAGCAGGCUACGCGGCAUUCUUGAAGCAGGAAGCGGCAAGCCUAGGGGAUAUGGCCCGCCAACAUUAG